AUGAACGAAUUAAAGUCUCCGAAAUUAUUGAAUAGUUUAGGAUAGAGAAAAUAAUAGAAUGUAUAAGAAUUGAAUGACACAAGUCUGCUUUUAUAAUUAUUCUAAAAGAUUCAACCAGUUGAGAUUAUUAAAAUGACUGUACAAAGAAUCCAUUAUAUUUUAGGAUUCUAAAAAAAAGAGUUAAUCUGUGUUAUAUAUCUAUGAAAAUGAAUCAGAAUCUAAAUUUUAAGAGAUAAUCAAAAAUGGAAUCUUAGAAUAUGAACAACAUCAAUAUUAAUAAGCUCUAUUUUAAUUUAAAUAAGCAGAAUAAAUCCUAACUGCAAUAGCAACUCCACCAAUUCAAUAUCAACUAAUUAAUAAAAUUAAUAUCGGUACAUAUGUUUUAUAUUAAGGGUAUUUCUUUUUAUGCUAUAGGUUGGUUAGAAAAUGCUUUUACUUGUUUUGAAGAUACUAUUUUAAUAUUGAAAAAGCAUAUUAAUAAACCAACACAAGAAAGGACUCUUCUAAACAUUAUUAGAAUUCAAUGUUUUUUAUAAUGUUGCAUAAUUUUAUCUGAAAUUGGUUAACAUCAAGAAGCAUUGGCAAUCUCUAAAAUUGCAAUCAAAAAAGCAUUAAAAUUAAUGCUUGAUCUUCAUUCCAAUUCAGAUGAUUCUUCAUAGAAGAAACUCUUAGAAGAAAUUUUAAAGAAAUCAAUUGCUCUCCCUCAAUUAAAACCUAAAUAAUAAGCAAUUAUUAUUACUUAUCCAUCAUCUAAAACCUCAUAAUUAACCUAAGAGAAUCUUCUAAAUGUUUUUAAAGAUUGUCCUAUCCAAUAUAUUGAAAAAGCCAACAUUCUUAGUUAUAUUUAAAUGGCUCCACUUAAUUUUGAAUCACUCAAUUUUUUACUCAAUCCAAACAAUUAAUAAUUCCUUCAUAUAUUAUCAUUAUUUGUAAUCUCACUUUAUUGUUCAUCAACUGAAUCCAGAUUCAUUGAAUAAAUUAUUGAUCCAUUAACAUUUACAGAAGCUGAAAAUUAUUUAUCAAGAGCAUUAGAAUUAGUUUAUUUAUAUUUCCCUAAAGAUAUGCCUCUUGUCAAUCAAUUAUUAAAUGUUCAUAAUAGAUUUCAUGAAAUAUCUAAAUAAAUUAUUCAAGAAGAUGUUCAUCAAAAACAUGAAUAAAAUUAUGAAAUUGUUCUUUUGAAACCUAUAUUAGAACCUUAAAAAUGUGGAUUUGUCAUUCCCAUCAUUCGUAAAUGUAUGUUAUUUAUAUUAUCAUUAGCGAAAUGUGCCUAUUUAAUUAAAGAAAGAGCUAUUUCUCUAAAAGAACAAUAAUUUUAAUAUACUAAAGCUUAAAAUCUAAAUAUGGACACUAAUACUUAUGAAGGUUCUAAACCAUAAAAUAGAAAACUUCGAUCCAUUUCUACUACUAAUAAAAAUAAACCUAGUUCUCCUAAAUGGGGACUUAAUUAAGUUGCAGAAAUCUAUCUUAAAGAUUAAAAAACUAAUAAUCAAUAAAAUAUCAAUAUUACCAACUUUAGAUAAACAAAUUUCAAAAGACCUUAAACUAAAUCAACCUAAAAAUAAUACUGCUUUGAAAAACCACGAUUUAAUAUUAAUUUCUUAAUCAUCAAUAACUUAAAUAAUUUAUAAUUACCAUAAAAAAAAAAAAGAGGUACAUAAUUCAAUUUAGAAUCUAUUAAACCUCCUUAAACUGCUCAAAAUAGUGCAAAAGGAAAUAAAGAAUUACUAAAAUCUUAUUAAAUGUAAACCAAAAUUAAAAAUUUAAUUAAAUCCUAUCAAAUAUGA